CGAUUUCAUGUAACCCCUUGAACUCGGUUGGAAAUAGGUCGCACUUUCCAUCAAUUUGGGGCAGGAACACAUAGAGCCUAUAUUAUGUACUGAAACUCCUGAGGCAGGUCCUCAGAAUUGAUAAGCUGGUGAAAGAGGCGUCAAGUUUAAAAAAUGGAGAGCCCCAAGUUGAACCAACCUGAGGAAGAUGUCUCGGCCAAACCGGGCCACUCCUCCGACGAGGAAGACGAAAUGGUAAUUUGCUCAUCGCGAGACUUGCAACGGCAGCAGUCUGUCAUAUCAGAGGAGAUGAAAUCAAAUGUGGGGUCUGACGUUGAUGGAGCACCCUCUGUUGUUGCAAGGGAUGAAAACUCAUUCAAUGGUGAAGUGGAUGGUUGUUCGUCUAGCAAUGACAAGGACACAGACACGGAUAAAUUGGACUUGGACAAUUCAUUAAGUGAAUCAAAAAUCUUUCCAAUUCUCGGAACUGAAACGGAAAACGAGAUUGAAACUAAAAAAACUGACCCAAAUUCUGCCAAGAGGAAGUUAAGAUCUGACGAUACGGAAAAAUCUUCCGACUCCAAUGAUAAUUCAGCUGCCUGUUCUUUUGACUCCGAGCUCAAAGACGAGAACUCAAAUACCCAGUUUUGCAGCGACAAAAGUGCCUUGGAAUCGACUCAGAAAACUGAUUGUGCGGAAGGGGUUUCCCUUCCUGAAACUAUUGCUCAAGUUACUUCAGAUGCUGAAGAGGCAUCAUCUGCUGAAACUAACCAUGGUAUAGAAUCAACAUGUUCUAAAAUGGAUGAGUUGCCAUCCGUAGAAGUGGAUAGGUGUUCGUCUCCUGAGGUUGACGUGUCUCCGUCUUCUACUGAUUUGAACAUUUCGUUGUCUGCUGAAAAGAACAAAUGUUCUGUCAGUAUGAACAGUCCAACCUGCCUUAAAGAAGAGGACUCUAUCUCUGCUGAAAGUCACAAGUUGCCUUCCGUUGAAAUAAACAAGUCCGUUGAUUUUGGGAAGCGAGUUGGUCAGGACAUAGAUGAUGCCGUUGUCAUAGCCGCGUCUUGGAUACCGGAUUUCGAAGAUGACAUCCUGAACAUUGACCUAAAAGACAAGGAUGCUGCGAUAAUCAAACUCAAGUCCCAGGUUACGAAAUUGACAUCCGUCGUGCGAGUCAAGGACGAAACGCUCAAAUUUAUCGAGGAGCAAACGAAAGCUGAAGUCGACAAGAUGUCUGCCGAGAUUACAUUACUGAGGGCAACCCUUGUUGAUGAACAGAAGAAGGUGACGAGGCUGGAGGAAGAUGUGAAGAAGAGGGAUGAUGUGAUAGAGAAGUUCAAGAGCUCAUUUGAAAGGAUUGGAAAAGCUAUUGCUGUACCGUCUUCCGAAGCCGAUUCCAAAAGUGAUGAAGAAAUGCUGAAGACAUUGAGCAUGGUGAAAGACAGCCUGCCUACAAGUACAAUAUCUUCGAAAACUUCCCCUCCCAAGGAACUUGAACCCCAAGUACCCCAGCAUGCGCCCAGUCCCGUAGUACCUCCAGCUGCUCAUGGAAAGUCCCCAUCCAUACCUCCAUAUGCGUCCCGGGCUCCUGUGAGUCCCUCCCAGGGUAGUCUUGCCCCAAUUCAUAGCCCUAUGGUUCGACCAAACCCGCACUUGAAAAGUCCAAGAGUUGGCGCAUUGGGUAGUGCACGGUUGCAUAUGAGUGGUGGCAUGAUGCUACAACAGUCCCACCAGGCCUCGUUCAUGGGGCGUGGCAUGCCAUUAAACAGUUACCGCCCAAUUGCCCCGCUCAGAACACCAAGACCUGCUCACCAGAAAGAGAAAUCUAAUCUCCCAGGCCAGGUGACAAGUUUCGGAGAGGCCAUGUCAUUCUGUGUCCAAAAACACAUGUCUGGCCAACAGGGUAUGUACCCCCAUCCCAACUUGGGCCCUCGGUUGACCCAAGGAGUCCCACUACCCCCUACGGCCCAGAUCCCUCUCACCGGUCUUCCACAUGGCAAUCAACCCUCACUGCCUCUCCAGGCUUCUUCUCCUACUCCCACUCAAAGUCCUCCGACAGAUCAAACUCCCAUUCCCAACCCUGCUCAUUCCCCGACCCCACCCGCCCCUGCCCCAGCAACUCCACCAAAUCCUGGCAAGAAGCGCUCAAGGCGAAAAAAUCCAAACCCGUUGUCGAUCAAGCGUGCGAAGGUGGAGUGCUACGAAAGGUUCGAGGUUCCCAGUACCCCGCCUCCAGAAGUCACGGAGCCAUCUGUAAUGAUUGAAAGAAGUUUGCUCGACGAAGAGGAUGAUGCACCAUAUGAGAUUCCAGAGGAGUUGCGGUCCUUGACUCCGAUCCACAUAAAACAGGAGAUUCUGGAUGAGAUUUCUAGCCCGUUGCCCUCCAUGCCCACACCAAGUGUGUUCCCUGGCUUGUUGGUGAAGGACGAGCCCGGUGCAAGCCUUGGGGAGCCUGUUACCACCCAGGGUGGCGCACCAUCGUUCAAGAACGAAAACUCAAACGAUUCUUCGCCGAUGAUCGUCAACGUCCAGUCUCUUGCCACAAAAGCCAAGGAGUUCAAGUUGAGGAGGGAGUCAUUUGAAUCUGGUUCUGAUGUCAAUUCCCCAAUUGGUGGAACCUCCAUGCAUUCUGAAGACAGCGAGUACGAAACCUAUGCUAAUAAACCGCGUCAUAAGUGCACGUUCUGCCAACCGAGCACGAGUUUCUCUUACUGCAAUGAUCUACUCAUGCAUCUUUACAACCAGCACAAACACGUCACGUGUGACGAGAUCCAGUCGUACCUCCUCUCAACGGUGGAUGUACUUACGGAACAAGUCCUGACGAAUAACGAUGACUUCUACAAAAUUGCCGGCGAAAAUGACGCGAAUUCGUCGAAAAAAGGAAAUAUGUGUCGAAUCUGUCUCAGGAUGUUGCCGUCGCGAUAUAUGUUUAUUUUGCACAUGUCGUCACAUACCGGAGAAAAGCCUUAUAAAUGUGAAUUUUGCAGUAAAAGAUUUGUCGACGGCGUCUCCUUGUGGAAGCAUAAGAAACUACAUGCUGAGGAGCAUCCGGAGGUUUUAUCGCCGAGAGUGAAAACGGAGCCUAACGCCUCCGGGAAGCCGUAUCACUGCGAUGAAUGUGGUAAGGGCUUCCUCCACCAGGGGUCUCUGUCAAAUCAUCGGAAGUUACACAUCGGUUGGAAGCCUUAUCGUUGCGAGGGAUGCGGGAAGGAGUUUACGCGGAAUGCGUCGCUCAUGAUCCACAUGCGAUCUCACACGAAAGAAACUCCGUUCAAGUGUCAAUUGUGCGGGAAAGGUUUUACGCAGAGUUGUAAUUUGAAUACCCACUUGAGGAUUCACCGGGGUGAGAAGCCAUUCCAUUGUCCGAUUUGUAACAAGAAUUUCAGCCGUAAAUUUGUGCUCCAGAAACAUCGGUGUCUUGACGGGGUGAGAGAUGUGAAGCGGGCGGUUUCGAGCGAUCGUAGUGAGGCUGUCCCAGUUUCUAUGGUUUCUGCGUAAGUCCUCUAAUUUAAAGCAUCUCUAUUCCAGACAGCUUAGCUUUUGGCCAGUGACACAAAUCCCAUUGGUGAUUUUUUUACCAUUUUCCAGCCAAGAAGUUUCACAAAAGUAACCAAAAUGAACCGGCAUUGAGUAAAUAAGUGUACCUAUUUUGGUUCUUUUUAGAAAGCUGCAAAUUUCCUUGGAAAAACCGAUAUUAAAAUGGCCUGAUUUUGCCAUAGUUGUCACUUUUCUAGCUUGAAACCUCGGAGCCCAUCGUCUUCUCAGAUUAGCCUUUCUGGCAUUUGUUGUCGUCGUUGUUUUGGCGUAAGUCAAUUUAGCGUCUUCCCUGCAGGCCUAUCGUCUGCAAAUUGUUUCAAACCGCAUUACUCAGUAUCAGGCGAAUGCAUUUCAAUAAGAUUUAUAGGUACAUGUAUUUUCGAAGCACGAGUAGCUAAUGUAGGAAGAAUCUCUCGCAGUUGCGUAAACUAGGAUAUAUUUUAGUUUUCUCGCUGACAUUCCGAUUAAAAAUUGUCGAUUUUUAUAAAUGUAUUUGUAUAUAUUCGUAUGAAAAUAGAAUCGGAGUGUACAUGUCUGCUGUUAAAAGAGAACUUUCAGAAAUUAAAAAUAAACUCUUUUUGACUGGAGUUGUACGUGUACUUUUGGCUCGAAUUCUUCACAUGAUGUAAAAAAACCCUGGCUACGUGAUUUGCAACUUGAGCAAGUGAAACCCCCUUCACUUUGCCGUUCAAAGUUGUUUUCGUUAGACAUAGAUUCCACUUGGAAAGGGUUUUUUCCUGGACCAUUUGUGCAUUUGCUGCGGCAGUGAAAUGAAAAAUAGACUUGCUAUUUUUGUGGUAGAAUACAAUCAUUCCAUGUUUUAUCCUGUGGAUUUUUGGUUAACUUAGACUAAUUAUUUAACUUAUUCACCCCCAUUUCUCUGAAUAGACUUGUCUGCUUAAUGCUUAAGAAGUGUCCAUUCAUGGAAGUGGGGGUGUAGAGGUUAACAGGCUCAAUCAGGUUUUCUAUGUACUUAUUUGAUAUUGGAUUCGAAUCAAAAUAUUUGUUCAACAGAGCCCAUGACAAGCUAGAUUAACUUUCCAGAUCAGAAUCAUGCAGAAGAUAUUUUUCUUACAUUUGACAUGUGAUAUUUUUACUCUUAUUGAGUGCGCUUCCAACUUCCAGACACAUUCCCAUCUUUUAAAAACAAUAAUUAUGUCUUUGACGUACAGAGAAAAAGAUAUCUAGCUUUGUUAGAAAUCGACAUGGUGUGUUUAUUCUUUGUAGUUGCGCACUGUCAGGGGCACGGAUCCUUGAGCUUCAGGUCAGAAAAGCCAAAAAAGUCCAAGAGUUUCAGACAAUUUUUUGAGUUUCGGCAGAAAACUGAAUAAAACAUAGAAAUUUCCCCCAAAAUAGAGGCUCCUGGAUUCGUGCCUGGUUUAUUUGAGCACAAUCUUGGCAAUUUCCUGUAAAAAUAUUCGAGUUGUAAUGUUCAAAUAUCCUGGUCUUUCAAAUUAUUCAUGGAUAUACAUGUUUUGUUGUACAAAUGAGAUGUAUUUUUGUUACAUGAUAUUCCAGAACCAGUAUUUUCAGUGUGAAUUCACGUUUGUGACUAAUGGGGAAUUUGGAAGAAUUUUUAUUUCAAAAUGGACUUUGAUAUAAACUGUAUGUAUCGGUUUUUUUAAUGCGGUUAUUUUUCUAAACAAAUGUGUUCUAAUGGUUGUAAAGUUAUGACAGGGCUUUUAUAUUCAGCUGAAAUACUGUAAACUGCCAAAAUGUUUGCACCUUUUUAAUUUUGCAGUUCGUGAAAAGUUAUGAAAAAUUUCACAGUUGAGAAUUCGAAAUUUUUGGCUUUUCCAAUUAAACACAUUGCAACUCUUAUUUUCUGAAUCUAGGUUAUUUGCAAAAACUUCAAAAAUUAAACAUCAGUGAUAAUUAAGCAGUUUACAGUAGUAUUAGACAAUGAUUUAUAUAUAUUAUGCAAUUGUAUAGCGAGAUAGAUAAGGUUUCUGGGACUGAUGUGAUGAAUGGGAGUGGCAUGCAUUUCAAAUAUAAUCACAACAUGAUAUUUUCACCCACCGGUCAGAUUGAUAAUACUCGCUGGUUUUGACGACUUGGUCUGACAAGUAAACUCGUUUUCAAAUUUCCAAUUUUGUGAUCUCGAAUCCAAGCAUACAUGAAACAGCGUAUUUCCAAACUUUUGCUACUGUUUUCAGCCAUAAGGAAAUAACACGUAAGUGUUUAUAGUUAGAAAGAUCCUGUAGGGUGUGAUUUCGAUGAAUUUAAUACCUCCACAGAUAAUCCUUGAGAAGUAGUUUGAGAUUCUUAUAUGAACCCAUUGACAGACUUACCGUGUGACUGCCAGCGAUGUUUUCACAGAUGAUUAGAUUAACACUUAGGCCAACUGUUGAAUACUGCUGUAUCCAAACUCUUAGGAAAACACCUUAAAGAUGGACUGCCGCAGGUUGCAACAAAUGGGCAUUACUCAUGUCAAAGGGUUUCAUGCAUCUAAAAAACGUUUGGAAAAAGUUGUGAACCAGACCAAUGUACUCAUAACUCACGCUCUGUACUUACUGUUUACUAAUAUGAUGAUCACAUUGAUCUGACCGCACUUUAUACUCUAUUUACACUCGUUUCUAACGCUAAUUCAUUUACAAAUGCACUAGGUAGAUUGGUUGGGGGAAUGGUACCUUUAAGCCUGGUCUACAUUUUUAGCAAACCUUUGUCAGCAAACAUCAGGAAACUUUGUGUUUGGUCGUGUUGGCCUCUAAAAUUUUGGUAAUGUGUACGCAAAGUUUGGUGAAGCCUUGUAUCAAAUUGGAUGUGUUCAGUUGCUGGUUUGGCAACAACCAACCUCUUGAAAACAUGUUUGCUGCAGUUUGACAACAACCUGCCAAUCCGAGAUGUUUCAGUGAUCAUGUGGUUCACUAGCUGGACCAAAUGGCCAACCAUUUACUUGGCAAUAUCGGCACUUGUUUCAUGGUGUGAACGUCUUACCAAACUCGGUGUUUGGUGAUGUUUGCAAACGAGUGUUUGCUAGUGUCGACCAGGCUUAUUAUUGAUAGAUUUCGAAAAUGUAGUUUUGACGAUGAGAUUUUGAAAAGGAAGUUGAUGUUGACCCACCCUUGUUCACUUUGGUUGAUGUUAUUGAAUUUAUAAUUACCAUUCUUCGUUAAUGCUUUUGUGUUCUUGGACAAAAUGAUGACUUCCACGUACUCUCAAAUACUGAAUAUGCUAAUAUGUUUGCAGAUAAAUAUUUAGCGUCUUAGACCACAGAGCAGGCCAAAGAAAGGCUUCUGCAGCAGAAGGUUUGAACUCGGGGCUCUGAAUCAAUGCCUCUUCGGCUGUGGUGCCCUUAAAUCUUUGUUUCGCAAUGCAUUAUUUUACUGCAGUUUAUAUUUGCGAUCAUAUUUGCAUAUACGGUUGUUGACAUUUCUGCUUAUUAUAAUGAAAUUCUAUCAGAUAUACUAUGUAUUUCUAUGUAUUACUGUGAGCUUGUGUGAUUUCACAAACAUUCCAUAUAUUCUGCUGUGAUGAGUUCAGCGUUUGUUAAAAGUGUCUUUCCUCUCCUCCAGAACCGAGGCAGAACUUAUGUGUACAUUUCCUUCAGUGCGGUUUUCAAUGUUCAAAGGUUGAGACUGUUAUGUAAGUGAUAUCCUCAUGACAUUUUGAAAAUAACUUGUAAACUAUUUUUGACAAUUUUAAGAGCUUCCAAUGCUCAGAAUGAAUUUCUCUUCCAAGUUUGAGAUUCCAUCAACACACUGGUCCAAUAUGUCAUGUAUAUGCACUUGGUGGAAGGCCGGCUAUGAGACGUUGGCUCUUCGAAGCUUAGCAUAGGAUAUUGGAGGGAGGCAAACAAUGAUAGAUAACGCCCUUCAGGCCCCUACAGUUAGUGAUAUAGGGGCCUGAAGGGUGUAACCUGUCAUUGUUUGCGUCCCUUGCAUACCAAUGGGAGUGAGCUGAACAAAGGCCUUGACGAGAGUGAGUCAUCCACCAAGUGAAUACCUUGGACCAGUGUGCUCAAGUGCUCAGCCAACAAAUGGUUUCUGCGGCCAACGAAAUAGCCAAGACUGCAUGGCGAUUGUUUGCGAUUUUCAUCCAAUUGGCAACCGCUUUCGGGUCGCAGCCAUGUGAUGUUUACAUGCUAUCGCAGCGAUAGAAAUUGCUUGUUUGCAGAGCACUUAAACAUGGCACAAAUGGCCUUAUUUAGUACAACGGUUAUGGCGAUUUUCUGUCACCCUUGGUUUAGUCGCCUGUGUGCGCUGAACCUCUCUGGUUCCCACCUGAAUAUUUUUGUACAUAAACAUAUACUACAGUACAAGUUACGUGAGAUCCACCGUAUUAUGAUAAUGAGCACGUCCUUGCACAACAUAUACUCAAGAUGUAUCAUAAUACUGCUCAGUGCUGGUACUUAUGAUAGGUUUAAAUCUCUGUUUUUGGCGAGAUACAAUCACAAAAUCUCAAAAGAGGGCUUUCAUGCAUUACUUGGGUUGUAAAACUCCUGCCUGUUAUAUUUUUUCAUCUUUGGUAGUUGUAGGCUGUAGCAUGGGGCCUUAUGUCAGCCAUGCAGUCGUCCCAACAUACUCAACUAAGAACAAAAUUAUCUUGAAAAAUCAUGAAAAAUGUAUUCCUGGCUGCUCUCAGCAGCUACAAACUGUCAGAAUAGAGCCUUGGAGAUGUGUUGAUGGCUGAAAAACUUUCUCAAUCAUCUGUGCUUGACAAAUGAACAUUAUACAGAACUAAACACGACUUCACCUCCUGGUAGUUGAAAUUAGAGCGUCAUCAUUUGGCUGAAAUCCUCAUCUUUUGGUAGCCACCCUGUAUAUGACAUCCUCUUAUAAGUUUUGUAAGUGUAUUUUACGAUGAACUGGAAAUCCAAUUAAACAUUGUAUUGUUUUACGAUUCCACCGUUAACCUGUGAUUUUUAUCCAGUUGCUGACUCAUGCGUAUAUAUUUUCCAAAUAAACGACAUUCCACAAUAGAA